AUGAUCGGCGCUGACGGCGCAAACUCGGCCGUCCGCAAAGCAAUGGGCGUGCAAUAUCUGUCGUGGAACUACGACCAGAUGGGUGUAGUGGCUACGUUGCACUUGUCUGAGGCGACGGAGAACACAACAGCUUGGCAGCGCUUCCUGCCGACAGGUCCCAUUGCCCUGUUGCCACUUGACGCAACUAGAAGUUCCUUAGUCUGGUCGACAACACACUCCCACGCUAAAGAACUACUCAAAUUGCCAGAGGAACAAUUCGUCGACGCACUUAAUGACGCUUUGUGGAAACAAUAUCCGCGGCGCAGCCUAGUGGACACGUGCACGUCAUGGGUGGGCGGAUGCCUGCGGCGCGCGGGGCUGGCCGACGGCGCCGAGCGCCAGCUGCCGCCCUGCGUGCGAGCUGUAGCGCCUUCAUCCCGGGCGGCCUUCCCUCUCGCCUUCGGGCACAGCACGCGCUAUAUCGCACCAGGCGUCGCGCUUGUCGGAGACGCCGCUCACCGAGUCCAUCCGUUAGCUGGACAAGGCGUUAACCUUGGCUUUGGUGACGUAAAGGACUUGACUGACUUCCUCGCUGAUGCGAUAUACACCGGCUUAGAUAUCACGCAUCAUACCUGGUUAGAAAAAUAUGAGAGUUCCCGACAGAGGCACAAUGUGCCCACACAGUUGGCCAUCGACGCUUUGUACCGACUUUAUAGUCUGGACAUAGCUCCAUUGGUCUUAGCCAGGAGUGUGGGUUUACAGCUUACCAACGCACUGCAUCCGGUCAAAAAAAUGAUCAUGUCUCAUGCGACGUCGUAA